GGCCGGACACGUCGCACUCGCGGGUUCCGCCGGCCCAGCGAGCGAAAAUAACAAAUUUUACAGGAGGAACGUUCCGUAUGAUGCAAGGCAAGACUAAAUUUCAGGACGGGUGCACUCCACGCCCAUAAAUACGCGAUUUGGACGCAGCUCGACGCAGAGCUGAACUCCGACGGCGCUCCCGUAAAGGAGGGGCCACCAUGAUAAAAGUUUUCUAGAGCUCCGACGUAGAUCUAAUCGAUUUUCAGUGAAUAAAAACUUAAACAUUUGUGUUGUUUGCAGUGAUCUGCGAUAAAAUAAUGAAUGCCACAUUCACUCGGAGUGUUAAGUCGUCUGCUACGAUCGGCGGCAAAGAUGGAGCCAACAGCAAAGACGUCAAGAUUAGAUCCGCGAGUGUCGGCAGCCCAGCGCGAGUCACGCAGAUGGAAAAAGAUCAGCUCUGGGCUGAGCUCGUCGCCGAGCUCAACGCCAUCGGGCCUGCCAUCAAAAACAGGAGGAGCUGGCAACAUUAUUGGACCGACAGGGUGCGGGCCGCCAAAAAGAAGGCCGAUGAGUUCAGCAGAAACAGCGGAGGGACGGGCGGAGGCGCAGUACCUGGCGAGGCCGGGAGGAUAAUUUCCAUUGUCGGCCCCGAUGCCGUGGAGGGUUGCGGGGCACCGGCGGUGCCGGGGCCACAGCUCAGAGCCAGCCGCCCAGCCGCCCCCGCCCCCUUCCCCGCCCCCGGUGUCCCCGAGCAGAGCGGCAUUCUGUCGACACAGUGGCCGAGCAACUCAUCAGAGGCUAGCAGCGACUAGUGGAGCUGGCCGUGGCUAGGCUUGCUGCCCUUGAGAAGCAAACCUCGGCUAUCCGGCAGCUGACACUGGUGCUCCUGCUGCUGGUCCUGAUGACCUCGGCCACCCGGCAGCCAUGCCUGCCUCUGCCCUGCGGGCCCCCCACUCCGCCGCCUGUGGACUAAGCUGCCUCCUGGCAGCUUUUCUUUUAUUUAUUAUUUUAAAAUCUAUUUUUGUUCACCAAGACGUGGCUUUAAUGUUUCGUUUUUCCUUCUAAUGUACAUAAUAUUUCAAUCACAAGAAGUACAUUUCUUUUUGCAGACCAAUGUAAAUAUUUAUGUCACAAGAUGGUAAUUGUUACAAUGGAAUGGUUAUAAACUUCUGUUGUACAAGAUGGAGCCAUUUUAUUUUGUUCUCACAGUGCAUGAUGGUUACUUUCAUAACGUAACUCUGGCCCCUAAAAUGUGUACACAAGGUAGCAUUAUGUGAAAGAGGCUAGUGUAUUACUGGUGACACCUGCGAAAUCAACGACAUCUAUCGGUCAGAAUAAAACAUUGUGGAGGCAGGUUCGCUCACCGACCAUUGCAAGCGAAUAAAAUAUUAACAGCACCUGGCCGUCUAAGGACGAAGCCGUGAAAGUGGGUUCAAAAACAUGUGAUGAAAAUAGCCAAUAAUCCGACAUAGCUUCUUUUGAAAAAAAAAAAAACACAAGUAGCAAUCAGCGGUUCCUCAUUCCUGGCCACCGGCUGAAUAUGUCCACCCAAAUACCGUUGAGAAUAAUACAGGAAACUCCGGGCUAAAAUGGGAGACGGAAGUA